GUGUUGUUGACAAAUGUCAGAUGUUUCCGAUGAUCGUCGGGCUGAUUUAGGGAAGUAUGGAAGAGUGUUCCAGCCUGAGGUCGAGUGAUUCUGCAGGUACAAGUGAAGAGUAUGAGAUUGUGGAGAGUCUGGCAGGUCAGGACUCCGAGCCACAGCUAAACAUAGCCAAUAACGGCAGUAUGGAUGACCUGCAACAUGAACUUACAGAGGUAAUGAAGGAAAAAGCCCAAGACAGUUCUUCUCCCAAUGGCAGCCUCGACACAAGCGCAAACUCUAGCACAAAGAAAGACGAUGACACUCCCUGCGAUGCCCUGCCGAUCCUGGACACUCAGACAUCUACUCUGAGUGAGGACUUGUGCAGCAACUCAGAGAACUUGAUUGACAAUAGAAACCUCGGGGAAAACAAUCCUAGCUUUUCGCAGACUGCAUCAGACGAUGACAUGGAGAGAGUUCAGGCAGAGGACGGGAGUGGCGACUAUACAAUAUUUAAUAGAGUAACCUACUUGGGAGCAGCCUCCAUCAAUGCCCCUCGAAGUGAGGCUGAGAUCCAACGCAACAUGGCCAUACUCAAUGAUCAAGCACAGGAGCAGGCGCUUGAGGUGUCUGUGUCUGUCCCGUCAAACUCUGAGGGCUAUGUCAUAAUUUAUGAUGCAACUACAAGUUCUGAGAUGACACGCUUCAAAAUCCAUCGCAUCCUGUUUUGCGCACGGGGGAAAGUGGACACCUCAGAAGCAAGAUGUUUUGCCUUCACUUCAUCUCAUGGGGACACACAUGAGACAGCCAUAUUCCAGUGUCAUGUAUUUCGCUGUCAGAUUCCAGAGGCUGUUGCUCGUGUUCUCAUUACUUUUGCCGCAGCAUUCCGAAGAAUUCCCAAGAGCAAAAUGAUAAAAAAGGAAGAGGAGCAUCAUCAAACCCGACAGCAUCACUCAGAAUACGAACACCUAUUCGACAUAUCGCUAGAAAUUAAGGAGGAGGAUAGCAAGGGUAAUUUCAAUGUAGUUCCCCGUGACAAAGAAUUCUUCAAGUUGCGAAGUAACAUUGAAAAGCAGCUGAUCCUGACUGUCUCCCCGGCUCCCCCAAGCACCCAGGCCAACGCGAUCCACGCAAGUUUAGAAGAUUUGUGCGUGCAACGUUGCUUCGGGCUUCUGGUUGCCCCAGGCCGCAGGGUUAAGCAUGCUGACAUGAAUCUCCUGGAGAUGAAGUUAGGUUGGAGUGAAAACUCAUUGGAGGAGAGUCUGACCUCUCAGAGAGGCUAUGAACAUGGAUUUUCUAACUUAUCCCAUAUUUUCGGGGUAAAUGAGGUUCAGGUAUCAAUGGGGAGCAAUGCAAAUGACAAGAGAAGUUAUGUCAUAUCCGGUCACUGGGACCCGACAGACCCUGUGUUCACAGAGCUUAAUCAGGAGACUCAGAGGGACAAGAGAGUCUUCAUGACAGUUGCCAUAGAUCUAGUCAUGAGAGGCAUUCAAGAGCCUGUGCGCUUCGUCAUAGAAACCAAAGUUCGUGUAUAUCCUCAGAACGAGAGGUUUUGGUACUUCAGCAAGAAACCUCUUGUUCACCUCUUUUCACUCAAACUCAAGCAGGUUGAACACUCACCCCAAGGGGAUCAACAAUAUGUGGUAACGAGUGUCGAUAACAUGGGCGAGGUGGAGCGGUGGAGACCUUCAGCGAUGUCCCUCUCUCUGAACCUGUCAUCAUUAACAUCGUCAACACUCUCCUCACUUUCAACUGGUCGUUCUCCCUCAAUAGCCUCAAUAGAAACACCAGGAUGUGAAGAGGAUUCAGAUGAUGACGAGCCCUUGCUGAGUGGUUCAGGUGAAGUGUCCAAGGACUGUCCUCAAGGAGAGUUAGACAUGUGGCGACAGGUGCUCCCCAAGUGGCAGGAUGCACGUGUACAGCUGCCCAAAGGUGUGUCAGGCCUGGUCAAGCGUGGCAUUCCUGAGGCACUUAGAGGGGAAGUGUGGCAGCUCUUGGCUGGCUGCUGCGAUGAUAUUGAUAUGAUGGAGACCUACAGAGUGCUCAUUACAAAGGACUGUCCCAGUGAACAGGUGAUUCUCCGAGACAUCAACCGCACUUUCCCAGCCCACGACUACUUCAAGGAGGCUGGUGGAGUAGGCCAGGACUCGCUUUACAAAAUCAGUAAAGCUUAUGCUGUGUAUGACGAGGAGGUGGGAUACUGCCAGGGGCUGUCUUUCCUGGCAGCAGCACUGCUUCUCCAUAUGCCUGAGGAACAAACCUUCUGUGUCCUUGGCAAAAUUAUGUUUGAGUAUGGGCUACGUGACCUCUUUAAAGAUGGAUUUGAGAUUCUUCAUAUGCGUUUUUAUCAGCUUGGGAAGUUGAUGGAAGAACAACUCCCAGAUGUGUGGCAGCACUUCCAGGAGCAGGGUGUUGAGAUUCACAUGUUUGCUAGUCAGUGGUUCCUUACACUAUACACAGCCAAGUUCCCUCUCUUCAUGGUGUUCCAUUACCUGGACCUCUUCUUGCUCACAGGCAUUGACUCUGUGUUCCAAGUGGCUCUGGCUUUGUUGCAGAUGUCCAAGAAAGAACUGCUCUCGUCGGACUUUGAGGGCAUUCUCAAGUACUUCCGAGUGUCUCUGCCCAAGAAGUACCGCAACGAGGACACUGCCCGUCAGCUGUUCAAGUUGGCCACGUCGAUCAAGGUGAAGAAGCUGAAGAAAUAUGAGAAGGAAUACUUGGCCAUGAAAGAACAAGAGGCCAUGCAAGAGGACCCUGUAGUCCGCCUGGAGCGCGAGAAUCGCCGUCUGCUGGAAGAUAACAUGAGGCUUGAGCGUGAAAAUGAUGAUCUAGCACAUGAGCUUGUUACUAGCAAGAUAAAUAUGAGAUACAGCAUGGAUAAGUUGGAGGAUAAGUGUGAUAGCUUGAAUAAGGAGGUCACAAACGUCAAUUCAAUGCUGAGGGAUGCUGAGGAAGAGAAGAAGCGCCUCCUCAUGGAAGCAAAUCAGGUUAAGGAAAUGCUGAAACGUGAGGUGGAAAAGGGUGAUGUGGAGUCCCAGAGAAACGGUGCCAUCAUCGCCGACUACAAGAAGAUCUGCUCACAGCUCUCCGAGAGGCUCGACAAGGAACAGGCCGCCAACGUCAAGACGAUCAACAUGUACAAGGCCAAGGUCUCUGCAUGUGAGAAGUGUAGCGGCAUUCUGUCUCCUGUGACGGGACCCCCAGGUGAACUAGGCGUUGAAGAAUCCCCGGUGGUGACCAAGCUGCACCAGCAGAUUCGAGAGCUGGAGCUGGAGCUUGCGCAGACCAAACUAGCCUUGGUUGAAUCCGAGUGCAAAAAUCAGGACUUAACCCAUCAGCUGAGCACAGCAGUGACAGAGCUGCAAGCCACGAAGAACACAUGGUUUCAGAAGACUCUAACCUCCUUUUCGUCACUCAAGGAACGCACCGCUUCCACCAGCUCUAACAACCCUAGUGGAGUAACAUCCACUAGUAGUAACAUAACAGUUAGUGCCCUGCAGCGCCAGCAGAGCAGAGACAGCAACUCAGAGAAAGCAUAAGAGUGACUGCUUGAGCAGAGUUUUCGUGAUGUUUAAUGUGAGAAUAGUGGGUGAGAUGAUUUCUAUUAGUGUGAUACCAUUUCUUUCUCAUUCUUUUCUCUUCUUGUUUUUCUUAAAGGAGUCAGAAUACUAGAAAAUACAAGCAGACAACAGAGAAAGAGAACUAUAUAGUGGCAGUAUGGUAAUGCAGUCAUAUAUUCAAUUUGACAAUAGUGCAUAUGGAGGUUGACAUGUUCUGAUGCUUCUGAGGUGUAAGGAUAUAUUGCAGUCAUACCUUUUAGCCUUAAGCAUUAGUCAUGAGGUACAUUCUGUACUUUGAACUAUGAAAGCAUAUUCAGACUUUAAUAACAUUCAAUGUUUAUACAAAUGGACUUUUUCAAGAGGAUGUUUACAGAAGAAAAUUACUUUAAUCUAUUUCACAGCAAGAUAACACUUUUUAUCUUCAUGUUUGUAUGAUAUAUAUAUGAAAAGCAGUGUGUAAUGUAGAUAAAACACCCUUUACAAAACAGAAUUUAUGUUGCGUGUAUCAGUAGAUAUAUCAGCAAGGUGACUUUCUUUCCUCUCUGGAGAUAAGAAAGUAUGUUUUCAUCUUCAAGAUCAAAUGUACACAGUAGUCACCAGAUGUCCCCUUGUCAUUGUAUAUGAGUCCAUGUCUCUUUAUAUUAACAGUCAGUGAAUGCUGAUGGUCACAAUACCUUGCUUAACUACUUAGUAAACCAUAGCCACAACUUGCUUCUGGAGAGGACAUAGAGUGUCCUACUCUCAUUGUGGGUCUACUUUUACUGGGUUCACAAGUUGAUGAUUGAUAAUGAAAAUAUCAGUGAUGAAUGUCUCAAAGGCCUUGAAGCUUGUUACUCUGAACAGAGAUGUAUCAGAUAUUUUUUCAUGAUUAUAGAAAAGUGUAGUAUAUUUUGAUGGUGUUUUGAGGUAUUGCAUUACUUUUGUGGGAUAUUUCACCUGCUUCCAAAUGCUUCAUAGUUAUCCACAGUGUAAAGAUAAACAAAUGAAUAGGGAAAGAGAGGGAUGGAGAAUUAGAAUUAGAAUCUGUGUUAUUUAUAACAAAUGGAGGAGUAGAUGAAUCAGCUAAAGUAAAUUUUUAACAAAGGGAAAGAUGCAUCACAAUAAUGUUAUUUUCUAGCCUCAGUGAUCGUGCUCUUCUGUAAAAGCCAUUGUGCACAGAUGCAGAAGGUGGCUGCUAUAAAAUCACUGCAGUUGGAUGUAGUUGUUUCAGUUAUUCAUAUUUUGUAAUGAAAACAUAGAUAUGUGAUCUUCCUGGCCAUUAGUAGUGUUGGCUUUACCCAAUUGUAGGAACUGAAGUCUGUUUUUGAACGAAUAUAUCUGCCAUUAUUGUAUGUAAAUGGCUUUAUUACCUGUGUCAUGAACAGAUGUAGCAGACAUUUAUUGUAUGACAUAAUAAUAGUUCAAGCUUCAAUGUAUGGACAUUAGCAAACACUCCAUGUGCAGGCUAGGUUUCACAUGAAGGGAAAAAGAAUCAUGGAUUUCAAAUAUCUGGUUGAAUAUGCCGGUUCUGGCCAUAAGAAGCCUAGAUUUUUCAAGAAGAAAAGAUAAAAGGUAUUCUGUUCUGUCUUUGGAAGAUAGGCGUGAGAAAUUGAGUAUGAAUAUUUGUUAUAUUAGGAUGUGCUAGUCUUACCAUAUGCAUAGGGAGGAAAAAGAAAUAAGUAAAGCUCUGGAAGGUAUAGAGGUCACUGCCAAAGUAUCUAGUGGAAAAGAAUAUUAUUAUUGGUACGUAAAACGGUUUAUCAGUGUAGAUCUCAGUGUCAGUUCUCGUAUUUAACUCAUCCAACUAGCUCUUAGGACCAAGUUUUUCCUAUUUUUGGUUUGCUCUGUUUGUCAGCUUGUUUAUAGGGUAACAGGGUUAUUAAAGGGUCUAGUCUUUUCACUCUCCAAUAUCGACAGGAACACACAAGGCAUGAUAAGAUAUUUAUUUGUUUCUCGUUUCUUUUCUUUUUCUUUUUUCAUUAUUUUUCAUUUUAGGAUCUGAUUAAAGAGAGCAGAGUUGGACAACAAAGAACUGGAAUUUUGCAUCGAAAUAAAAAGUCCCGUUCUGAUACUUGUCCCGACAUACAAAACAUCUAGGAAUAGAGAGCAUCCAAAAUGGAGAACCUCAAUGGGAAUAUUUCAUCCAAAAGAGAAGAAAGAAAGAAAGAACGAGAAGAAACAGGAACCAAGAGUUCUUCGUUUUCAAUCCGUCUGCUCUGCCUUUUAUUAGCCCCGCCCUUUCUUCUCACUCUGUCUGUAUCUCUGUAUUGUAUCAAACGCCCUUUUGUUCAGAUUAAGGUCCUCUCGUUUCGUGGUGGUAAGCUCGCGUCUUCGGCUAAUUAUCACCGCCUCGCAUAUGAUACUCCUUGUCUGAUCUUGCUUUGACGUCUGGCAGUGUGUACAUAGUGUAUCUCUAGAAUAUAAUAGUAAUGGUUACUUUCCUGCUAUUUUUGAUACGUUUUCUUUUUAUUUUGUUUUAUGUUACGAGGAUAGUGAUAUAGAUUUUUUUCUUUCUCUCUCUCUCUCUCUCUCUCUUUCCUUUAUGUUAUAAUUUUAAUGAUGGUGAUUUUUCUCUUUAACUUAUUAUUAUUAUUUUAUUGUUAUUACUAAUAUGAUUAUUAUUAUUAUUGUCAUUGUUGCUAUUGUCACUGUUAUUAUUAUUAUUACUAUUACUAUUGCUACUACUACUACUACUACUACUACUACUACUAU